CGAAAAAAAAUCGAUUCUUUUGGAUUACACUGAAGUUGGCGUCUCAAAAUUGAGGUAUGUUAUUACUUAGCAUAUUUAGAUAGUUUUUUAUUCUGUCUAAAAUACCGCAGCUAAGAAAUAUACUCCAUUUGUUUUGUAUACAAAAACAUGUGGCCUUUCAUGUUAAAAGUGUAUUUUGCUCAUGUUGCUCUUUAUUUUUAUCAUUUUGAGCCUUUGAAUUCUCCCAAGUGCCAUGGGGCUAAAUGAGACAGGCCGAUUUUCUUACAAGACACUUCUGUUUGCUUAUGGGCAUUAUCGCUAUCUGUUGUAAUGUUGUAAUCAAUAUAUAUAUAAUAUGGUAUAUAAAGUAGCAUAGGGGUAUUAUACAAUGUAUAUUAGUGUCUCAAAGUGGUGUUUUAAUGCAGUAAAUGUUUGUAUGUACCAUCAUUCUACCCUACAUAUGUGCAUCAUUGCUCAAACAAUUCAUAUUAAAUAAAAAUUUACUAUAGAUUUUUAUGUCAAUCUAAAAAUAAUCUGUGGGUACACAUCAGUUGGGUUUUCUCACUUAGUUCUGUGACACCAUCAGUUGACGAGGUACUUAAAUAGACUUAAUAUUAUUUUUAGAAUGGUCCGAAACUACAAACGGAAGACUGACCGGGCAAAUUGGUCAGAGGAGCAAAUGAAGCUUGCUAUCUUGGCAGUAGAAAACAAAGAGCUGUCCAUAAGAAAAGCUGCCGUUGUCUUUGGGGUUCCCAAGGAUUCACUAAAUCGCCGAGUGCAAGGUAAGCUGAAAAGUUUAUCCGCAGAGGAGAAACAUAAAAAUAUUUUGGGGCGUUAUCGUGCAAUUCUCACCCAUGACCAAGAGAAAGAGCUUGAAGACCACAUAAUCAACAUGGAUCAAGCUUUUUAUGGUCUUUCCAUAAAUGACAUCAGAGCCAUUGUCUAUGACUAUUGUCAAAAGAACAAUAUUAAGAACAAUUUCAAUUCGGAUAACAAAAUGGCCGCACCAUUUGCAAAUUUAUAAACUUUUUCUAAGCUUUCUGUGUUAAAAUAAAGAAUGUAAAAGCGAAGAAAAAUACACAUUCAACAGGCAACAGCUAGGAUAUGCUGCUGAAACCGUAUAGGCACAAUUGUUGUAUGAAUGUUGUUGAGUAGUGGUUUUUGUUUCGUGGCCAUACAACAAAAGUAUCGUCUCGAGAAACAUUGCGAUUCUCGGGAAAACAAAACUAUUUCCCUCGGGAGCCAGCAUUAAGUUUAUAAAAUUAUACCUCUCACCACGUGCCAGCUCACAAAACGCACUAUUUUAUUCACUUCAUUCAGCAAUUUCCAACAUUUACAAUUAUAGAAUUUUGUGCGACAAUAUGAGUUCACGAAAUUAUAAAAAUAGAUCUCCCAUAACUAUAUGAUAUAUAUGCCAUAUUGGGAGAACCUUGAUCUAUUUCAAUACGUGUAAUAAAUAUAGAUAGCCCCUAAACAGGUAUUUUAAGUCGCAUUCAAAUCAAUGUGUAGAUCCGAUAAAGUCAUACAGGUACCUAUAA